CCGUCUAUGAAAAACUGAAAGAAGAUAAUCAAUCAGCUUCAUUAUUGGCAGCUCGACUGGGUGGGAUGGUUUGGGAGAUAUGACCAUAGUUCUCUUUGGGCAGGGAGAAAAUAUCAAUAAUGGCUUCCAGAGCAAUUCUCAGAAGAAGGAAGUUACUCUUGGAUUACCUGAACACACCAACUCGCUCGAUUCAAAGUUUUUCAAGUUUCGGGCAUGGGAGACCUGCUCCUAAUCAGGAUGUGUUUCUUUUGAAUCGUGUCACAGAUAAACAUUAUGCUAAUGUUUACCAUGGAAGGGAAGGAAAUGUGGGUUCAGUAGAGAAACAGGAAUUGUCGAAGUUCCCUGUGGCAGGAUUGCUUAAGCAUAAUUCAUUUGGUAUUUCUAUUUUGGGUUUUCGAAAUGGGGGAGCGGAGUUUAUUUCUCCAUUGGGAGUAAGGUGGUUGUCACAGUCUAUCCGUAAUGCUACCACAGCUACAGCUCGUCAACCUGAGUUGGCUGGUGGGGAUGAGGGAAAUGAAGAAAAUAAGAGUAAACAGGUGAAAGAGGCAUCACCCGAGGAAUGUGACCAGGCGGUGGAAGGUUUGAGUGAGGCAAAAGCUAAAGCAAGAGCUAAAAAACUGCAAGAAUCUGAGAAGAGUGCUAAGUUUAUUACGCAGAGAGUAUGGGCUACACUGUUGGGGAUUGGUCCAGCUUUGAGAGCUGUUGCUUCAAUGAGCAGAGAGGACUGGGCCAAGAAACUCAUUCAUUGGAAAGAUGAAUUUAAGGCAACCAUGCAACACUAUUGGUUGGGCACCAAACUACUCUGGGUUGAUGUUAGGAUCAGCUCAAGAUUAUUACUAAAACUUGCCAGUGGGAAGACUCUCUCUAGGCGAGAGAGGCAACAACUAACACGGACCACAGCUGAUAUCUUUAGGCUAGUUCCUGUUGCAGUUUUUAUUAUAGUUCCAUUCAUGGAGUUCUUGCUGCCGGUUUUCCUGAAAUUAUUUCCCAACAUGUUGCCAUCUACUUUCCAGGACAAAAUGAAAGAACAGGAAGCAUUGAAAAGGAGACUUAAUGCAAGAAUAGAGUAUGCAAAAUUUCUCCAAGACACAGUCAAGGAAAUGGCUAAGGAAGUCCAAAAUUCCCGAAGUGGAGAAAUUAAGAAAACAGCAGAAGAUCUUGAUGACUUUUUGAACAAGGUUAGGACUGGCACCCGUGUUUCUAAUGAAGAAAUUUUAGGCUUCGCAAAGUUGUUCAAUGAUGAACUUACUCUUGACAAUAUCAGCAGGCCUCGACUGGUAAACAUGUGCAAAUACAUGGGAAUUGCUCCAUAUGGAACAGAUGCAUAUUUGCGUUACAUGCUUCGAAAGAGACUCCAAUGGAUCAAGAAUGAUGACAAGAUGAUUCAAGCAGAGGGUCUGGAGUCCCUGUCAGAAGAUGAACUUCGUCAAGCCUGUAGAGAGCGUGGCAUGCUUGGAUUACUUUCGGUUGAGGAAAUGCGCCAACAGCUUCGUGAUUGGUUGGACUUGUCACUCAACUAUUCUAUGCCCUCUUCUCUUCUGAUUCUUUCCAGAUCCUUCACCAUCUCUGGAAAGCUGAAACCAGAGGAGGUUGUUCAAGCUACAUUGUCCUCUUUGCCAGAUGAAGUUGUGGAUACCAUUCAGGUUACAUCCAUGCCAUCUGAAGAUUCUGUUUCAGAGAGGAAGAGGAAACUGGAGUUCCUAGAAAUGCAAGAAGAACUUAUCAAGGAGGAGGAAGAAGAUGAGGAAGAAGAGCAAGCUAAGAUGGAAUCUGGGAUUAGUCAAGAGGAUGUAGCUUUGGAGGAGAUGACUGGUCCAACAGCAAGAGAAGCGCAAGAGAUGGCAAAAGCAAGAACUUUGGAGAAGCAAGAGGAGCUCUGUAAGCUCAGCAGUGCAUUGGCUGUCUUAGCGUCGGCAUCUUCAGUGAGUAGGGAACGAGAAGAGUUUUUGAGGCUUGUCAAUAAGGAGAUAGAGUUGUAUAAUAGCAUGGUAGAGAAGGAGGGCAUGGAAGGUGAAGAAAAGGCAAAAAAGGCAUACAGAGCUGCCAGGGAGGAUAGUGACCAUGCUGCUGAAAAGGCCAUAGGCGAAAAAGUUUCUUCAGCUCUGAUUGAUAGGGUUGAUGCUAUGCUCCAAAAACUUGAAAAGGAAAUUGAUGAUGUAGAUGCUAAGAUUGGUGACCGCUGGCGACUUCUUGACAGGGAUUAUGAUGGGAAGGUGACUCCUGAGGAGGUGGCAGCUGCAGCUAUCUACCUGAAGGAUACCUUAGGCAAGGAGGGUGUGCAAGAACUUAUAAGCAGCCUCUCCAAAGAUAGAGAAGGAAAGAUUCUUGUGGAGGACAUUGUCAAAUUGGGCAGUCGAAUGGAAGAUACCAACACAGAUGAAGAAAGACAGAGAGCGUAAAAUAUGAAUUAUCGCUUUUGUCCGGUAGUCUCAAUUGUCUAGAUGUUACCAGUACACUUCUGGAUGUUUUGGUAUCAGUAGAGUUUACUGUAUUCAAGUGUCUAAAAGUUGGAUGUGCUCUUGCAUCAGAGGUGGUGGUGUCUUCUGGUGAUUUUGAUUCUUUAAAUAGACAAAAAGGAUUCAUUUGUUACUUUCUGUAAAAAUUAAUUUGGGAAUGAAAGGGGGUAACAAAAUUCAGAUA